UCAUAUGCUUGGGGAAUUUCUAUAAAUAACAAUUUAAACUGACGAUAUACAAUGUGGCUUUAUAAUCCUACCAAAUAUUCAACUGUUUGAGUGAAAAAUAGCUCUUGAAAUAUAAUCUAAAUGUCAAAUUUGUGGAAAAUGGAAGGACCAGUGAGGGCUGAGUGCUUGAUUAAAACAAAUGACUCAGCCCUAAAAUUGUGCUUUUAUCCAACAAAUUCCUGGAUGAAUCAAGAGGCCAAUGGCAGGAAAGCUGCAUGACCACACUCUGACUGCUACAAAUGCACCAGUCUGAUACAGCCCACAACACAGACAUCAGAAGAGAAAAAGGAAAGCUUUGUAAAAAGGCCAGAACAUGAAUCAGGACAGCAGAAAAUGCAGGAAUUUCAACAUGCAAGAUUGCAGGUUGAAGGGUCGUCCCAUAUGUAUGAGGAUGGUCAAAGCAUUUCGUUACUAUUUCCAGCAUCCAUGGAGUCGGUUGAUUGUAGCCUAUCUGGUGACUUUCUUCAACUUCCUCGUUUUUGCUGAAGACCCUAUUUCUCACAGCCAGACCCCCGCCAAUGUAAUUGUUGUUGGAAACUGCUUCUCUUUCAUAGUGAACAAGUAUCCUGGAGGAGGAUGGAGCUGCUUAAAAGUGCUACUGUGGUUGCUAGGUAUUAUGAUGGGCCUUGUUGUAGGAAAGUUUUUGUUCCAUCAGCGGAUGUUUGGUCAGUUACUUCGACUAAAUAUGUUCCGAAAAGAUCACGGCUCCUGGAUGGUGAUGUUUUUUUCCACUAUUCUCUUCCUGUUCAUCUUCUCUCACAUUUACAACCUGUUCCUCUUAAUCGCUGGAAACAUGAGUUCUUAUUUCAUUAACAAAUACAUGGGCAUGAGAAAUGAAACCUUCAUGAAGCUAGCAGCAGUUGGAACCUGGUUGGGAGAUUUUGUCACUGCCUGGAUGGUCACAGAUAUGAUGCUCCAAGAUGAUUUGUAUCCCGGAUGGGGAAAGACUGCUCGAGCAUUCUGGAAAAAAGGGUUUAACAGGGUUGUCUUGUUCUGGUCCGUGCUGAUCACCCUGACCAGUAUUGUUGUUGUCGUCAUCACCACUGAUUGGAUCAGUUGGGACAAGCUGAACCGAGGAUUUUUGCCAAGUGACGAAGUCUCCAGAGCCUUUUUGGCCUCUUUUAUCCUUGUCUUUGACCUCCUCAUUGUCAUGCAGGAUUGGGAGUUUCCACGAUUUAUGGAAAAUUUGGAAAUCAACCUACCUGGUCUUCCAACCUCUCAAAUUCACCUAAGACUGCCUCAUUUUCAGAAGUUAUUCAAGGAAGAAUACAUCAUUUGUAUAACAGGAAAAUGGUUUAACUACGGCAUCAUCUUUCUUGUGUUGAUUUUGGACCUGAACAUGUGGAAGAAUCAGAUAUUUUACCAGCCAUUUGAAUAUGGCCAGUAUGUGGGACCUGGACAGAAAAUCUACACGGUCAGCGAUCUGGAGACGUUAAAGAAUUUAAACAAAACAACCCUAAACUGGGAAUGGCGAUCAACUAAUAUUGACCCCCUCACUAACGGAACUUAUGCCCAGAGUGACUUGCUUUUGCACAGUAGGUAUAUAGGUGCUAGACUUGGGAUUAAAUGUCUUGCUUUUAUUCCAAGCAUUUUGGCGUUUAUCUUGUUUGGGUUCUUCAUCUGGUUUUUUGGAAGAUUUCAAAAAAGUGAAUUAAUUGGGAGCAAACGAGAUAAUUUGUAUGUGAAGAUCAAGAGGAAGUCACCAUCUGAAUUUAGCAAAGAUUUGAAUGACUCUGCAGAAGAUACGCAUACAUCUGGAUCUACAAAGGAUGAAUCGUCGAUGGCCACAGGGUCAGAAUUGGUAACAGCUACAAUACACACAACUACGUCUACUUCUUCUGAAGGCCAGAAUACUUCCUUGGAGAAUUCACAGAGUAACAUAAAGCACGACACAAAGCCAGACGGUGAACAUGUUCACAGUUCUUUCUGAUGCAUCGUCAAAAAAGUUAUCCGACAAAUAUGUUAACAUUUAAAUUUAAAAGCACAGGCCUUAAAUGGGAUUUUGCCUUUACAUUUUUACAUGUUUGUAGAUCUUUAUACAUGUGGUGUUACAGUCAUUUUUGACUUGCAAAUUACUGAACUAGACGUAACAAAAAAAAUCUAGAGUAUGAAGAUGGUUGUUCUGCAGUGGGGCAGCAAUCACUUCUAUUUUUAAAGAAAGCAUAAUAUUGUGCCUACAUCUAGACAUUCCUUUAUGUCUUGCCUUUUGCAAUGGCUCACAAUUUAUGUUAAUGCUGUAUUAAAUUGUACAGUAAUAUAGUAUCCAUCUCCAACACAAGGAUAAAGUGAUAAACACUGUGCUAUUUGUGCCUUGAGAAGUUCCAUUUUGUACUGUUGUCUCAAGGAUUUUUUGAGGUGUUUCCUUUCCAGCUUCACAAAAUAAAACAUUAGCAGCUCUUAAUUCUCCAAUGAGACUAUUUGCAAGGCUGCUGGACUUUUACUCAUGUAAGCUGGAUUCAUCUGAGAUUGGUUUUGUUACUGAAAGUGCUCCAGUUAUGAAUAUGUGAUCCCAAUGUUUAAUUGGUGAUGCUGCAGAUAAUAUUGACAUCUGAACUGUACAUUAGAGAAGAAGUGUCUUUUUAUAUAAUUCUUUUGAAUUGGCUGCCUGCCAAAGUAAGCAAAGAAGGUGAUGAAGAGGAGACAGUUCUGCUGUAUAUGGAUCACUGUGCACAAAGAGGAUAUGUUUCACAAUCAGAAUUGUGUUGCACUCUGUAUACUAAAGCACAAGCAUCUGAGGAAUUAUAUAUAUGAAAAUACUAACUACCUAUGGAUGUAGAAUAAAUAGUGUGACCCUGUAAGCUGAUGCUCAUUGUUCUUUGCAGACCCCUACUAUGGUUUAAAAAUGUUGACUACUCUGACACAUGACUUCCUUUAAAAAUAAACACAGCUGUGUGCUUAAAAAUGAAUACGCCAGCUGUACCAUGCUUGUCAUCUUUUGCUUGGAAUUUUUGUCAAAUUCAGUAAUCUUAGACCAAAAAGCUGAAGGGUUAACCAGUUUGUUGUAAAGAAUGACAAGAAAUGAUACCAUUUGCCACUCGUAGGACGUGUUUGGGCAAUUUUCCACACUGUCAGGUAGAUGCCAGUGCUGUUGCUAUAUUGGAACAGCUUAUCUAGGGAAGUUCUGAAGAACAUGUCUUCAGUAAUAUUGUUGGAAUGUUGCCAAGGCCCAUAGACUUUGCAAUAUUCAGUUCCUUCAGCUGUUUCUUUAUAUUACACAGAAGGAACUGAACAAGCUGAAGACUGUCAUCUGUGAUGCUGUGGAUCUCUGGAUGAAUGUUGCAAAUGCUUCAGCUUCCUCUUUUGCAUUGAUAUUAAAUGGGCUUCCAGUUAUUGAGGAUGAAGAUAUUUGUGAGGUCUACACCACCAGUGAAUUGUUUAAUUUUCUACCACCAUUGAUGACACAGUUGUAGGAGGACUGCAGAGCUUACACCUGAUCUGUUGGUUGUGGAAUCACUAGCUGCUAAUGCUGUUUGGCUUGGAACUAGUCCCAUGUAUAACUUCACCAAGUCAGCACCCCAUUUUUAGGUAUGCAGUCUUCAUUGAGAUAGGGUUGAUGCCCUUGUUUGAUGGUAAUGGUAGAGUUGUGGAGAUAUACCAGAUCAUGAGGUUACAGAUUGUGCUGCAGUAUGAUUUUGGUACUGUUAAUGGCCAACAGCACCUCGUGGAUGCCCAGUCUUGAGUUGCUACAUCUGUUUGAAGUCUGUCCCAUUUCAUCAUGGUAAUAGUGCCACGCAACACAAUGGAGGGUAUUCUGAAUGUGAAGGUUUCCAAAAAGGCUGUGCUGUGAUCUCUCUUAGCAAUACAGUCAUGGACGAAUGCUUCUGCAGCAGGCACAUUGAUGAGGAUGAGGUCACGUAUGUUUUUUCGCUCCUGCUGUUUCACACCUGCCACAGACCCAGACUAGCAGCUAUGUCCUUUCGGACCCGACCAGGUCUGUCAGUGCUGCUGCUGCUGAGCCACUCUUGGUAAUGGAUAUUGAAGUUCCCCAUCCAGAGUGUAUUUUGCCCCCAUGACAUCCUCAGUGUUUCGUUCAAGUGGCAUUCAACAUGGAGGAACAAUGAUUUAUUGGCAGAAUGGAAUUGGUAUGUGGUAAUCACUGGAGGUUUCCUUUCCCAUGUUUGAUCUCAAGCCAUGAGACUUCAUGUGACCCAAAAUCCAUGUUGAAGAUUCCCAGGGCAACUCCCUCCCAAUUGUUUGACCACCACUGCGAGUCUGUCCUGCUGGAAUGUCAGGACGUAUCCGAGGAUUGUAUUGCCUGGAAGAUUAUCUGUAAGGCACAAUUGCAGGAGUGUAACUCUGCCAGGUUGUUGCUUGACUGGCCUCCCAAUUUUGGCAGUAGUCCCUGAUUUUGGUGGACUAUUCAGGGCUAAGUUGGCAGUUAUUACUUCCAGUGCUUUUGUGCACACCAAGUGGUCCAUCUGGUUUCAUUGUUUUUCAUCACCUUCUAAUGAUUUGAUACAACUUUGAAAUGGCCUAGCAAGCUACUGAGGGCAGUUAAACAUCAACAUCUGAAGAAGGGUCUACACCCAAAACGUCAGCUUUCCUGCUCCUCUGAUGCUGCUUGGCCUGCUGUGUUCAUCCAGCUCCGCACCUAGUUAUCUCAACGUGAGUCUGGUUUACCCAGAUAAGUUUUCCUUUCAUAAAGGGUAUUUCUGAACCGGAUGAGUUUUUAGAAUAAUCAACAAUUCAUGGCCUUCAUCAGACUUUUAAUUCUGGAUUUUUAAAAAAAACAAAAUUCUCCCAUCUGCCAUGGUGGGAGAAACUCUAGGUCACAGAAUAUUACCUGGAUGAGGUUGUUGACUUGCUCGCCGAGCUGGUUUGCUUUUGUUCAGACGUUUCGUCACCAUGCUAGGUCACAUCAUCAGUGGAGCC